AUGUCUCGACAUCGAUUCGUCAGAAAUUUGGACCUGGAUGCCGAGAUGGCUUCCGACGAUGAAGAGGAUGUUGGAAUGACUGAGGAGCAACAAGCUCAGAUGGCACUUUCCUUAUCAGUCGCCAAACCUCUCCUUGCCGACAUGAAGCCCCCACUUACGGACGACGCCAUCAUGGAGAGCUUGUGGUACUAUUACUUUGACGUGGACAAGACGGUGAAUUAUCUCAAGGCGCAGAGGGCAAAGGGUAUCGAGAGCCCUCGUCGUCCCGCAGGCAAGCGACCACCACAAUCUAGUCCAUCAAGUGCACCCGAACCGGGUCCUCCUUUGACCGCCCUACAAAAGCUGGCCUUAUCGAGGAAGCAAGCUGCGGCAGGAAACACGGUCGAGCAGGUCGGCCAAGCUCCAAUGCAAGCGAAGCGUGCAGGAGAAGAGAUACCGUCUGCUGGCAAACCAAUGAGCAAACUGGCUCAACUCGCUGCUGCUCGGCGCGCUGCGGCUGCGGGAUCAUCAGCGAAUCACCCAGCGUCUCCGAUAGCUCAGACGAAAGUCGAAGAGGUCACGAAAUCAACCCCAUCAAUGCUCGAGCCGGAGACCGCAAAACCGCUCUCCAAACUGGCACAACGGGUCGCAGCUGCAAAAGCAGCCAAAGCAGAGGCUGAUGCCAAAGCUGCAGCUGGACCCAUGGAAAACCCGCCGCAAGGCGAGGUGCCCUCCUCCGACAGCGUCUCCAAAAGCCAGGAUGGCGCUGGCAUGCAAGUCGACGAACCGGAGGAGCAGCCAUCCCCCCUGUUCUCCUUUCCCCACGCUCUCAAGGACAAUCUCCCUCGGACGUCGUCGUAUGCUCCUGGUUCGAAUGCUACUGGGAACAAGACCGUCACCGAAACUUCGACAGGAAACACAGGCCCAUCCGUGUUCUUUUCGUUAUUGACGGCCAAGCCAAAAGACCCACUGGUGGCGCCAGAUACCGCUCGCAUCGACGAAGAAUUUCCCCCACCGAGCUGGAGCCAUAACGACAUUAACGACGAAUUGACUGUAUUGACGAUUUUCCUUUGCAUUCCUUAUUUCUUGGGCAUCUUAAAAUGUAACUCAGCAAAAUCCAAAGUAUCAAAACCAGCGGCUGCCACACCCGCCGCAUCACCGAAACCUAAGACCAAGAUUGCGCCUAGCAACAAGGCUGGAACCUCGACGCCCAAGACAGGAGUCAACAAGCCUCUGAAUUCCAGCGGGUUAUCGACCGACCUUGCGGCUCUGGGGAUUGGCGACGAUAGCGCGCCCGUCAGCCGAGAUGACACGCCAGUGCCGGCGAUGAGUAUGAAGAGGGUCGAGUUGAUCGAGAAGAUUCAGAAGGAAGAGGCUGAGGGGAAGAAGGGUGUCAGCUUGGUCGUCGUCGGCCAUGUCGAUGCCGGAAAAUCCACUUUGAUGGGACGACUGCUCUAUGACCUUGGGCGCUUGUCGGAGAAGGAAAAGACUGCAAACGAGAGGGGUAGUCAGCGGGUCGGCAAAUCGAGUUUCGCAUAUGCUUGGGGUCUGGACGCUUUAGGCGAUGAGAGAGAUCGCGGAGUCACAAUAGACAUCGCCACGACCCACUUCGAGACCUCGAACCGGUCCUUUACCCUUCUCGACGCACCGGGGCAUCAAGACUUCAUUCCCAACAUGAUUUCCGGUACGAGUCAAGCCGACAUGGCUUUGCUUGUUGUCGACGCUGCGCCUGGCGAAUUUGAGGCUGGAUUCGAUCGAGGCGGUCAAACCCGAGAACACGCCUUGCUGGUCCGUAGUCUUGGUGUGCGCGAGUUGAUCGUUGGAGUGAAUAAGAUGGAUGCAGUGGACUGGUCGCAAGACCGCUUCGAGGAGAUCCAAGAAGCACUCAAGCCAUUUUUGCAAUCGGCUGGAUUCCUGCUCAACAGGCUUACUUUUGUCCCAGUCGCUGCUAUGGAGGGCAUCAACCUCGCCCAGAAAGAGAAAUGUCCCGAACUCGAUGCAUGGUAUUCUGGACCGACUCUUGUCGACAUCCUUGACAAGGUCGAGGUGCCCACUCGAUCACUUGAGGCACCUCUGCGCUUCCCCAUCUCAAACGUCUUCAAGGGACAGACUGCUGUCGCCUCGGGUGUCGGUGUCACCGGCCGUCUGUCUAGUGGUGUGGUGCAGGUCGGAGAACGUCUACGGGUUGUGCCUGGUGAUGAGACAGGGGUCGUGCGAACAAUCGAUCGCGACGACGAGAGCGUUCCCUAUGCCUCGGCAGGCCAGAACGUGACCCUAUACCUGGCACAAAUUGACCCGAUCCACCUCAACAUCGGCUCAGUCCUGUGUCCGCUGGCGAUCCCCGAACUCGUACCGCUGGCCACAUCGUUCUCGGCCCAAAUCUUGGUCUUUGACAUUUCGCAACCGAUCAUCACCGGUACUCCUGUCGAGCUGUUCCAUCACUCGAACAAUGUACCGGCGACGAUUACGAAACUGCUCAGCGUGAUGGACAAGGGUUCUGCCGUCAAGAAGAAUCCCAGAGUGCUGCAAAAGGGGGUCCAAGCGCAAGUCGAAGUCACUCUACGGACGCCAGCACAGGCGACGGUCUUGAGGGCACCCGCCAUCCCGCUCGAACCUGCGUCAGUGAACAAGGAGAUGGGCAGGGUAUUGCUUCGUCGUGGCGGCGAGACGGUCGCUGCCGGCGUAGUCCUCGAGAUUCUCUCUUGA